AUGAGUGGCUUCAAGCGCCGACGAAAGGACUCCAACUCUCGUGAAAACACUGAGUCUGAGUCGACCGCGGGGGAUUCAACGAAAAUUCACAGGGACGCCGAAUUCUGGUUCGAGGACGGGAGCAUCAUUCUUAUCGCGGGCGAUGUUGAGUUCCGCAUCUUCAAAGGAAUCCUCGCCGACUACUCUCCCGUAUUCCGGGACAUGUUCUCUCUUCCCCAGCCGUCCUCACAAGGAACGCCCACAGCGACCGCUGCAUGUCCGAUUGUUCACCUGAGCGACUCGCCAGAGGACCUCCGACACGUCUUGCGGGUUUUCGGCCCCUUCACGCAGCAGGCGCGCCCCUCCUUCCACAUGAUCUCCGCCGUCAUCCGCCUCGGGCACAAGUACCAGAUGGAGAACAUAGUCACCGAAGGGGUGAACUACCUCAAACGGUGGUUCACCUCCGACUUCACAGCGUGGUCCGCCGGCGCGCUCUACGAGCCCGACGCGCCGCUCGAGUGCGAGCACGCGAUCGGCGUCGUCAACCUCGCGCGCCUCGUCGACGCACCGUCGCUCCUGCCGACCGCGCUGCUGAUGUGCUGCGGGCUCGCCGGACAAGCCGUGACCGGGUUCGCGCGCGAGGACGGAUCACGCGAGACACUUGCACCGGACGACCUCGCGCGGUGCUUCAAAGCGCACUCUCGCCUGGCGCAACACAUGCUCGUCCUCACCAUACGCAUCUUCGCGCCGUCGGUGUUGGAAGAGUGCGAGUAUCCGCAAAAGUGCCUCGAGGUGCUGCAGGCGAUGCUGUUGGGGGUGGAGAACGAGCCGGAGCAUUUCGCGUACUCGGACGUGUUUGUGUCGUGGAUGGAGCUGUUCGAGCGGCCAGGAGGGCUCUGGUUCGAGUGCUGCACGGACUGCCAGGAGAUGUUGAAAAGGCGCGACCGUGACGAGAGAUUUGAGGUUUGGAAGGAGCUACCUGGCAUCAUGGGGGUCCGUGUCGAGGGAUGGGCCGCGAGUACGUAG